UGUGACUUGUAUCCUUCGAUGGGCAACCUAUAAAGAAGAACCAACUUGUCCUCAGUGUAAGCAUCCAUUUGAGUUUCUCUACAUCCAUCGCUCACUUGAUGGAAGCCUUCAGGACUACAUGUUUGAGGAGAGUGUUUGCCUUCUCCUCAGGGCAUCAUGGUUUAAACCUUUGACUGUGGAGGAAAGGGCGGAGAUUGAUGAUGAUGACCUAGAUGAUCUGUACAUGUAUGAUGAUGCAGAAGAAGAUUUUGAAGAAGAUUAUUUUGUUGGUAGUUCUUCAAGACUCCGUAUAGGCAAUAGACGAUGGGGAGACAAUGGAUAUGUCAGUGCAGGGAGGCAAGAAGCAAGGCCUGUUUAUCGAUCAAACCCGCAGGAAUCGGGUGUUGGUCCUUCUCGUGAGCCCAAGAAGGAGACUGCUGCUCCUAAAGAGCUUGUUGGGCGGCGUGCCAAGAGGGCACUGAAGCGAGAAGCUGCUGAUAAGGUGGCUGCUGAGAAGCACCAGCAGCGUUUAGUGAGGAUGGGUCGGAAGUGAGUUUUGCUCCUGGAUGACCCUAAAGAUUAUGACUCCAUGAAUCACACCCCCUUGUACAGAGUUUCACUUUUGUUUGUAAAAUAAUCAAUACAUUUAAGAUGCUGGAAUUACUGGUAACUGGGAUGGACCAUGUUCGCCUGUUAAUUCCAGAUAUAUAAAAAAUCCUUGACAAAGGGAAAAAGGAUGCUCAUUGUUUCCCAAUAAAUGUACAUUGUUAGGUGUAUUACAUAUUUUAUCUUUUAGAUCCUUGAGAUUUAGUAGUCAAUUCCAACUCCCAUCUUCUCUGCUUCAGAUGUUAAGAUAGCUAUAGAUAGAGGAUUCAAGGAGACCUGUAAAUUUGUUUAAUUAAGUAAUACAAUAAUGGUAGUGGUCCUAACUUCCA